CUAAACCUUGUCAACACAACCUUUGUUUUUGUCAAUAAUCAAAACAGUCCGGGUGUGCGUAGCGUGAUGAGUGCAGCCCUAGUGCGCCAAGCGUUGGGCCUGGUCGAUCGUGACAGUGACACUUUAGGCGCCCCCUCUUCCAAGCGGCAGCCCCUUUCAGGCGUCUCCAAGUCCCGUAGGAAGCGCAAACAGGCCCGUUUCACUGUGGAGGAGGCGCGAGGCGCCUCCCAGCCCCCCAAGGACGUGCUGCAGACCAAUCUACGCAAGCUGGAGCUGAUCAAGAAGCACAGUCGAGUGGUGCUGAACGAACGAGCCACCAAGAACAUAAUCGAGCGCGCGGUGAGCCGGAGGCCCCUUUCGACGCCCCCAGUAGACCCGCGGGACGGCGCCACCGCCUUCACUGAGGAGGACUUCCAGAAGUUCGAAGCCGAGUACAUGCAGGAGGACUGAUGGCGCUCCGCCAUCGCACGCUGGGGCUGCUCUGGUUGACCGUCAGCUGCACCCUUUUAGCGUAUCUUCUCCUGGCGCUGAUGCUGCCGCAGGCCCCGGGCGGGGCCCGCUGGGCCCCGCCAGGGCUCCUCAUGCAGGCCUGCGGCGCUUUCGGACUGCUCCUGGUGGGGGGGCUCGCCCUCUUCACCACCCAGAUGUUAGUGGGA